UACCGUCCUCCUCAACACCGUCCAGUACAAUCAAAAUGGCGCCGAAGAAAGGAAAGGUUCAAAAAGAGGAAACGACCGUACAACUCGGUCCUCAGGUCGCAGAGGGCGAACUCGUUUUCGGAGUAGCGCACAUCUACGCCUCGUUCAACGACACCUUCGUUCACGUCACCGAUCUCUCUGGUCGCGAAACCAUCUCGCGCGUUACUGGUGGCAUGAAAGUCAAAGCAGACCGUGACGAGUCUUCUCCGUACGCAGCCAUGUUGGCAGCGCAGGACGUAGCAACACGGUGCCGUGAAGUUGGCAUUACGGCUUUGCAUAUCAAGCUCCGCGCGACGGGUGGAACGAGCACGAAGACACCUGGACCUGGUGCGCAGAGUGCGUUACGUGCGCUUGCGCGUGCCGGAAUGCGGAUUGGCCGUAUUGAGGACGUUACCCCUGUCCCAUCUGACUGCACUAGACACAAGGGUGGUCGCCGCGGUCGUCGUCUCUGAUCUUCACCGCACAAAACACACUUUUGUUGCCGCAUGUCGUAGAAGUACACAUUUGUCUACUGUCUUGAUGUGGUAUGCAGCUUAAAAUUGUAAUUUGUCGCCUUACGACACGCAGCAGGCUUGUACGUCUGUGCUAGCCUGUCCCGUGGUCGUGAACUGUUUACAAAUCAAGGCAGCACCGGGUCGAAUGAGGCUAAUCAUAAUGCAUUGCAAGAAUUUCAACAACAAUAUACCGAAUGGUCUACUGGAUUACAUGAUUCUAUACUAUACGAUAUCAUCGAAUUCUCUAACUGUCCGACGAAACUUCAAGAUAGACAA